CGCUAACUCAAAACUCAUCUUUUUGGACUUAGGACUUAGUACUUAGGACACUUUGGAACCAAGCUCUUCAAAUACAUUCUACUGUAUCAGUAUGUUUUUUUCAGUGCUAUAGUAUGGAACUUGCUGUAAUUAAGUGUAACGUUCCUCACAAUCUCACAAUUUAUCGGGUGUGUUAUACCGACGUUUCAUUGCAUGUAAGUGACUGAAUGGAACGGAGACCAGUGAUAGGAUAGUACUUCGGAACAAGAAUCAAUUAUUAUUUAUUGGUGAAUACUUCUGUGAGAAUCGGACCGUUUCUUUCGCACGUUUUUUCUAUUGAUUCUGAUUGUGUUGCUUCGUUCAUUCCAACAGGCAACAUGUGGUCGUUUCUUUGUGGUUCAGCUUUCAAAUCGAAUGGAUGUGUAACAGAAAUCUGUUGCGAUGAAGCGAAGUACGUUUGGACGAUUACUGAUUUCGAUUUUCACGAGGCCAAAGGCGUAAAAUUAUAUUCACCUCCGUUUUCAUCUGUUAAUAAUAAUCAAGUUAAAUGGAUCUUGGAGCUUCGUCCUAACGGCGAUACCGAUGCAAAAGAUUCUUUCGGUUUGUAUAUCCGUCUGAGUAAACUCAGCAGUUUGGAAAAAAGCAAAAAAAUAUUCGCGAAAGUUACGUUUUAUAUUUUAAAUAGCAAAAAUAAAGAAAAAGACUGCCUACCUUUCAACAACGUUAAGGAAUUUUCUCAUUCUGAAGAUAAGUACAGUGCUUGGGGCUUCCCAGAAUACAUUAAAAAAGAUAAGUACUUUAGAAACAAGUUGCUAUCGAACAAUGCAUUGACGAUUGGUUGUGAAGUGAAGUUUUCUGAUAUACAAGAUAUCACAAAUAGUAUUCAUAAAUGUGAAUUUGAUAUUGAAAUGCCCGAAUGUGACCUCUCUGAAAACAUCGCAUCGUUUUUUGAAAAUCAAACAUUAACGGACGUUAUCCUUAACGUGAAUGGUAAAGAGUAUCCUGCCCACAAGACUGUAUUGGCUGCUCGUAGUCCAGUUUUCUGCGCCAUGUUCAAACACAGCACGAAAGAAUACGAGCUCAAUCGUGUAGAUAUUGUGGAUAUUAACGAAGCAGUCGUGGAAGAAAUGUUGAAAUACGUUUACACCGGGAAAUGUGAAGUUCCAGAUGAAUUGGCCGAAGGAUUAUUGGCAGCAGCCGAUAAAUACGAUUUGGAUCGAUUGAAAAUUAUGUGUGCGAAGAAAUUAAUCAACGGAUUAUCAGUUAAGAAUGCAGUAAGUACUCUUAUAUUGGCAGAUAUGCACAGCAAUGAAUAUCUAAAUCGUAAAACUAUCAAGUUUAUUGUAGCCAACUUUGCUCAAGUCUUGAACACUGUAGAUUGGAAAAAUCUGCUUUCAUCGAAUCCUCAAUUGGUGCAUGAUGUUUGCCAAGCUGUUGCUCGUAAAUGAAUCUUGGAUAGUGAAAUAUGACGUACUUCGCAGUAUUACCACUUUUUUUGUAAUGCAAUUCUUCCGUGUCAACGUUUUUGUUUUUUAUGGAAUAACUUUUGUUUUGUUUCAAUUCAGUAAUAAGUAGGUAGGUAAUACCUAGAUGUCUAUCAAUUGUGCAAGUUUUCACGUUUUGUUAAAAAUCUAGUUUUCAAAAUAAACAAAUAAAUAAUACAAUUAGGUAGGAUGAGUAGGUACUUAUUAGAUUAACUAUACGUAGUACCUAGAUUAAUUAUUACGAAUAUUAUAAUUUAUUGGUAGAUUUAAAAAUUGAUAUUAUACAUAAUUUUUCCAUAUGAAAUAGCGUUGAAAUUCUUUCUGAAACUUCGAUCUUGAAAUAAAUUUUUUUCAAAAUCAAAAACUCACGCGAGAAUGUUUCUGGUUGAAGUGUAGUUUUUGUAAUCUUUUUGAAAAUGA